AUGAAUCACUUUCUUAUAUUUCUCAUUCCAUAUGUCUUCCCUCUAGCCUUCCUACUUCUUCUAUUAAACUUCUUCAUACGAAAACCCCACCGCAAAGUUUUCUUACUAGACUUCGCAUGUUACAAGCCCCCAGCAACCCAGAAAUGCAGCCAAGAUGUAUUUCUCGAUCGAGUUCGAGUCUUAGGGAACUUCUCAGAGAGCAACAUGGAAUUCAUGCAAAGAACAUUGGAGAGAUCAGGUUUGGGACAGUCAACUUAUGUUGCAAGUGCACUACUCAAUAAGGACUCCAUAAAUCCUAGCACGGAAGAUGCAAGGAAAGAAGCUGAGGCUGUAAUAUUUGGGGCAGUGGACCAAUUGUUGGAGAAGACGGGAGUGAAGGGUGAGGAAAUAGGGAUAGUGAUAGUAAAUUGUAGCAUUUUUAAUCCUGUGCCUUCUCUUUCUGCUAUGGUAGUAAACAGGUACAGGCUUAGAGAGAAUGUUUUGAGCUUUAAUCUUGGCGGGAUGGGGUGUGGUGCUAGUCUUGCUGCUAUUGGCCUUGCUAGACAAUUACUCCAGGUGCACCAUAACUCAUAUGCUCUAGUGGUUAGCACAGAGAACAUCACACAAAACUUCUAUCCAGGCAAUGAUCGUUCCAAACUGCUAACCAAUUGCCUAUUCCGCGUCGGUGGGGCAGCCAUCCUCCUCUCCAAUCGACCAUCCGAUCGCAACAUCGCCAAAUACGAGCUCAUCCACACCGUACAUACACACACGGCCAGUAUUGACCAAUCAUACAAAUGCGUUUUCCAAGAAGAGGAUCACCAUGGUAACAUAGGCAUCACCAUAGACAAACACGUCACCUCCAUCGCAAUGAACGCCUUAGAAAUCAACUUCACCAGGAUAGCUCGUCUGGUCCUCCCCGUAUCCGAACAAAUCCUCUACGUAACAAACUUUAUCAUUAGGUACCUCCACGUGGCGGAAAUCAAACCGUAUGUUCCAAAUUUCAAGAAGGCUGUGGAACACGUGUUGCCUCAGGUUGGGACAAGGCCUAUACUGGAAGAAUUGCAGAGAAGAUUGGGGUUUAACCGGAGAGACUUGGAAGCUUGUAGAAUGACUUUAUAUAGAUUUGGGAACAUGUCUAGUAGCACUAUAUGGUAUGAAUUGGCUUACACAGAGGCUAAAGGAAGGAUGAAGAGGGGUGAUAGGGUGUGGCACAUUGCGUAUGGAUCCGGGUUUACGUGUAGCAGUCUGAUUUGGCGGGCCAGGAAGAAUGUUGAUCGUGAGGACAAGAAUCCUUGGAGUGAUGAGAUUGAUGGAUUUCCCAUAUUUGAGAAGGAUAUAUAUUAA